AUGAUGCUGACUGUUGCAAAAGGGCCAACAUGCUACGAGGAUAUAAAAAAGGUCGGUGGAAUUGUUCGGGACAGUUUUAGAGAUGCAUGUUUUGAAAUGGGAUUUCUUAAUGAUGACAAGGAAUAUUUUGCAGCCAUUAACGAGGCAAAAGAUUGGGGUUCGGAACAUUUUUUGAGAAAGUUAUUUUUAACAGAAGCUGAGUUGAAAAACUUGACACUCAUUGAGAUUGAGAAUAAGUUGCAAUCCAAUCGAAGAAGUUUGCACGAAUUCAAAGACAUGCCUUAUCCGGAUGCUUAUGUCACACGGCACGUUGGGAACAGACUGAUUUACGAAGAACAUGAUUACAAUACCGAAACUGAGCGAGAAAACUUCAACAAUCUCUUUCGUGCCCUCACAGAUGAACAACGCUCAAUCUUUGAAAAAAUCAUGGAAUCUGUCGGAAAACAAAGAGAAGGGGUCUUUUUUUACAUGGUUAUGGAGGGACCGUUAUUCGAGGCAACAGAUGUGAUAAUAUGGGAUGAAGCACCUAUGGCUCAUAAAAAUUGCUUUGAGGCAUUGGAUAGAACACUUAAAGACGUCAUGACCAAGAAGGGUCUUGGGAAUAAAAUCUUCGGCGACAAAGUUGUUGUUUUUGGAGGAGACUUCAGACAGAUUCUUCCAGUUGUUCCGAGAGCAGGGCGUUCUGAUAUUGUUCAUGCAUCCAUAUGCUCCUCUUAUAUUUGGGACUAUUGUCAGGUUCUAACACUAACAAAAAACAUGAGACUUCAGCAGGGAAGCGAUAAUACAAGUUCUAAGGAAUUAGCGGAGUUCUCAAAAUGGAUUUUAAAUGUCGGUGAUGGUAAGAUAUCUGAACCAAAUGAUGGAUUGGUGAACAUAGAGAUUCCUCAAGAUUUAUUGAUUAAGAAUUAUGAAGAUCCUAUCAAAGCUAUUGUUGAAAAUACAUAUCCCAAUUUGGUUAAUGUAUUCCAAGAUGUUGCAUAUCUACAAGGAAAAUCAAUUCUUGCCUCAACCAUUGAAGUUGUGGAUAAGAUCAAUCAUUAUGUAUUGGACCUAAUACCAGGAGAAGAGAAAGAGUAUCUUAGUUACGAUUCAAUUGAUAGAACUUAUACGAGUUAUACCGAAGCUUAUGAAGUGCUAACUCCAGAAUUUCUUAGCAAAUUAAGAACAUCAGAUGGAUUAUGUAAUGGAACAAGAUUGAUUGUUACAAGAUUGGCCAAUAAUGUCAUUGAGGCAAAAAUUAUUUCUGGCAAGAACAUAGGUAACCUUUUUUACAUUCCUCGAAUGUCUAUGUCACCUUCUGAGUCACCAUGGCCAUUUAAGUUGAUUAGGAGACAAUUUCCGAUUAUUGUCUCUUACACAAUGACAAUUAAUAAGUCUCAAGGCCAGUCUCUUGAUAGUGUUGGGUUGUAUUUGCCUUCUCCCGUGUUUAGUCAUGAACAACUUUAUGUUGCAAUUUCAAGAGUUACUACAAAAAGUGGUCUUAAAAUCUUAAUACACGACAAAGAGAAUGUUCCGUGCUCCACUACUACAAAUGUUGUAUACAAGGAGGUUUUCCAAUCACUUUGUUAG